GGGGCCCUGGAGGCAUUCUGGCUCCAAGACCCAGCCCCUCUCAGGGGAGGAGGGUGGCCAGGGCUCUGCAGCCAGAGGCUUCUCAGCUCAGAGCUCCAGAGCCAGAUGUAACAUUGACCUUAAAUGGUAAAAGCUCCCCAGAGUGAAGAGAGGCUGGCCAGAGGAGGAAAGGGGAAUAACUCAGUUUUAGCCUGCGGAGCCCAGGCCUCUUGGAGCAUCUUUGGGGCUGACGCAGCAGAGGUUCCGGGCCACUCCAGCCAGGAGGCUGCAAUGCCCCACAUUCCUGAGGAUGAGGAGCCCCCCGGAGAGCCACAGGCAGCCCAGAACCCCACUAGCCAAGGCCCUCCUUCCGCAGCACUGUUUCAUAACCCACCUACAAUCAUCCUGACGGGGGAUGCCAGUUCACCAGAAGGAGAAACGGACAAAAACCUGGCCAACAGAGCUCCCACUCCCAACCGGAGGCUCUCUCACCGGCACUUGAAAGUUUCCACAGCAUCACUAACUUCUGUGGACCCUGCGGGGCAUGUCAUUGACCUGGUAAAUGAUCAGCUACCAGACAUCAGCAUCUCAGAGGAGGACAAGAAGAAAAAUCUGGCGCUGUUGGAAGAAGCCAAGUCGGUGAGUGAGCGAUUCCUGACCCGCCGUGGAAGAAAGUCCAGGAGCAGCCCCGGAGACUCCCCAUCAGUUGCCUCCCCAGACCUUAGCCCCAGAACCUCUCCUGUACCUUCUAGAAGCAGCUCACUUACCGUCUCCACCCCACCAGGUUUGGAUGCAUGCAGCAGCCCACAGUCCCUUCUGCCCGGAGCACCACCACAGAAGGGCAAUGAGGCCGACGUCUCUUCAUCUCACCCUGGCGAGCCUAAUAUCCCCAAAGGGCUAGCUGAUUGGAAACAGAAUGACCAGAGGAAAGUGUCUCAGGGCAGGCUGAUUCCUCGCUCUCCCACAGUUGAGAAGACCAAAGAGCUUGCAAUAGAGCAAAAGGAAAACUUUGAUCCUCUGCGGCACCCUGAGACCACACCCAAGGGCCCAGCUCCUGUCCCAAGCAGUGGUGGGAAAAUGGCCCUGAAUAGCCCCCAGCCUGGCUCUCCUGAGAGCGAACUGGGGAAGAUGCUCCUGAAGACAGCUAAGGAGGACAAUCCUCUGCCAAGAAGUCCAGCCCAAGGCUCAGCAGGGGUGGCUUCCCCUGGUCCCCAGGGAAAAGGCUCAUCUGGAGAGCCCCUGGGGUCCAAGGUUGGCACCAAAGCUGAACUGCAUGCGCCCAUACCCCGGCCCCCUCUGAUACGGGGGGUCUCCUGGGACAGUGACCCUGAAGAGCCAGGUCCCCGGCUGCAGAAAGUACUGGCCAAGCUUCCAUUGGCUGAAGAAGAGAAAAGGUUUCCAGGCAAAGCCAUCAGCAAGCCGGCCAAGGUGCCUGGACUCAAAGACUUCCAGAUACAAGUGCAGCCUGUGCGCAUGCAAAAACUGACCAAGCUCCGAGAGGAGCACAUCCUGAUGAGAAAUCAAAAUCUAGUGGGGCUCAAGCUUCCCGAACUGAGUGAAGCAGCUGAGCAGGAAAAAGGCCCCCCUUCUGAAGUGUCCCCAGCUAUUGAGGAAGAAGAAUCAAAGAGUGGUUUGGACGUCAUGCCCAAUAUUUCUGAUGUGCUGCUACGCAAACUGCGGGUCCACAAGUCUCUCCCUGGAAGUGCCCCGCCACUCACUGAAAAGGAAGUUGAGAACGUGUUUGUACAACUGUCCUUGGCCUUUAGAAAUGACAGCUACACUCUGGAAGCUAGAAUUAACCAGGCCGAAAGGGAACGCAACCUGACAGAGGAGAACACAGAGAAGGAACUGGAAAACUUCAAAGCUUCCAUUACGUCCUCAGCGUCGCUAUGGCAUCACUGUGAGCACCGGGAGACCUAUCAGAAGCUGCUGGAAGACAUCGCAGUCCUGCACCGCCUGGCUGCCCGCCUCUCCAGCCGAGCUGAGGUUGUAGGAGCCGUCCGCCAGGAAAAGCGCAUGUCCAAAGCAACAGAGGUGAUGAUGCAGUAUGUGGAGAACUUGAAGAGAACUUACGAGAAGGACCACGCAGAGCUCAUGGAGUUUAAGAAACUUGCAAAUCAGAAUUCAAGCCGCAGUUGUGGCCCCUCUGAAGAUGGGGUCCCUCGAACGGCUCGGUCCAUGUCCCUCACAAUGGGAAAGAAUAUGCCCCGCCGGAGAGUCAGUGUUGCUGUGGUUCCCAAGUUUAAUGCCUUGAACCUGCCUGGCCAGUCACCCAGCUCAUCACCUAUCCCCUCCUUACCAGUCCUGUCAGAAUCACCCAAUGGUAAAGGAAAUCUCCCUGUCACCCCAGCACUGCCUGCACUUUUGGAAAAUGGAAAGACAAAUGGCGAGGCAGAUUGUGAAGCCACAGCCCCUGCACCACCUCUGAGCUGCCUGGAGGAGAUAAGCCAGGAGACCAAGGCCAGGAUGGAGGAAGAGGCCUACAACAAGGGAUACCAAGAAGGUCUAAAGAAGACCAAAGAACUUCAAGACCUGAAGGAGGAAGAGGACGAACAGAAGAGUGAGAGUCCUGAGGAGCCUGAGGAGAUGGAAGAAACUGAGGAUGAGGAAAAGGACCAGAGAAGCAGUAAACUUGAAGAACUGGUCCAUUUCUUACAAGUCAUGUAUCCCAAACUGUGUCGGCACUGGCAAGUGAUCUGGAUGAUGGCUGCAGUGCUGCUGGUCUUAACUAUUGUGCUGGGGCUCUACAAUUCCUAUAACUCUUGUGUGGAGCAGGCUGAUGGGCCUCUUGGAAGAUCCACCUGCUCGGCAGCCCAGAGAGAGUCCUGGUGGAGCUCAGGACUCCAGCAUGAGCAGCCUACAGAACAGUAGAAAGCCUCAUUCUCAUCAAGCCCUGCUCCAGUGGAUUCAGCUCACCACCCAGUCCCCAAGUAUGGUGUGUCACAUCCAGAUGUGAACAUGCUGCCACCCAUCUCAUCAUGGAAUGAGGAGGGAUUUUUUUUUCACACUCAACACCUAUUUUUGGAGUAGAAAUAGUGUGAGCUAUUCACACACAGUAAUUAGAUGUUCUCGGAAGAUCGACACAACUGUCCUGGGAGUGCAUCUGGUGGAUGAAGAAGUGACCUUGACCAAGGAACAACCCUGUUCCUAGCUCAGGUGGUGAGGGAGAGCUGAACCAUCUUCACCAGGGGGACAGUGAGAUGCUCAUUGUUGGCAUUUUCCUCCUCGCGGUGGCUAACGGGAAGACAUGUGCUUGACAGCUAAUGCUGACCCUAAAGAUCACACCUGGAAUGGGAGUAUCUUCCCAUUUCCCAUCUCAUUUUCCGUGGUU